AUGAUAUAUUUUUAUGAUUUCAAAUAUUUCUGUAUUUUUUUAAUUUAUUACAGUAAUCUAUUAGAUUCUUAUUUAAAUUAAUAAUCCAAAGGAUAUAGAUGCUCAAGAUGGGAAAUCAACGAAAAAACAGAUGAGUAAUUUUUAAAAGGAGAUGGUAUACCUUAUACUAAUUAGGGAUUUUUAUCGGUGAUAUUAAAGUAGAAGAGGAAUAGCAACACAAAAAUUAAGAAAAGGAUGAGGAAAAUUAUAAGCAGAUCAAUAAAAUGAAUUCUAUUGAAUCAUCUAACCUUUUCACCUGGUAAAAGGAGCCGACUGAAUGGGUUUAAUUAUAAUGGUAGUAUAAAGUUGUUCCAAGAUAUCACUUCACAGUAGAAUUACAUGAAGAAUUCCUUAAAAAUCACCUAAUUCAGAUACAUUAGCCUAAAAAACUUUUAUUUUACAGAUUUGUAAAAAAAUAUUGUAUUGUAUUGUGA